CUGUAGCAACAACUCUCUCUGUAACUAUGUACGACAACAAAGUGAGUGAAUGUAUCAGUGGACCCCACUAGACCAUGUGCUCUCUCUCCUGUCUCCACCACCUUCUCAAUCAUUACUCUCUCUCUCUCUCUCUCAUUUCUCUCCCAUCUCUCUCUCCCAAACACCUCACUCUCUCUCUUUCUCUCUCGAAUAAUUCUAACAUGUCUGACGGACUCACCAACGCCGGCGCCAUCAUCGAGGCUCCCCGCACGGUUGUUGCCGCGCCGGUGAAGAAGCCGCCGGCGAAGGACCGGCACAGCAAGGUCGACGGCCGCGGCCGCCGCAUUCGCAUGCCGAUCAUCUGCGCGGCGCGUGUGUUUCAGCUCACGCGCGAGCUCGGCCACAAGUCCGACGGCCAGACCAUCGAGUGGCUCCUCCGGCAGGCUGAGCCGUCUAUCAUCGCUGCCACCGGAACGGGAACGACUCCGGCGAGCUUCUCCACCGUCGCCGUACGGAGCUCCGCCACCACGCCGUCCCUAUCGUCCCCCCUCGACCAGAAGCCAGCUCAGUACCCGACGGCGUUCCUCCUCGGGAAACGCGCCCGCGACGACGACGAAGAAAACGGCGACAAAAACGAUCAUCUCGGACAUGACCCGACCCGACCCGGAGGCGGCGGGUUCUGGGCCUUGCCGACCCGACCCGACUUCGGCCAGGUGUGGAGCUUCGCCGCUCCGCCGCAUGACAUGGUGGUGCCUUCUCCGGUGACUAUGGCUUCGAAUAAUGCCUUAGCUUCUAGGUUUAUGCAACAACAAGCAAUUGGAGAAGCCUCGGCGGCUAGGGUUGGGAAUUAUCUUCCAAUUUCACAAGGGCAUUUGAAUUUGCUAGCUUCGUUGUCCGGUGGCAGGAGAGAAGAGGAUUCUCGAUGAAUUCUCGAAAACUUUAGUGAAUGUUCUAUGUAUAUGAAUUUGUUGUGUGAGAUAUUUAAGUUAGGGUUUAGGGUUUAGUGAGUGUUUUCGUAAUGGAGGUUGAAAUGAGAGUGCGCACAAUUUGUUCAAUCAGUAGCAUCCAGAUUGUGGUGAAAUUGUGGUUGUUUGAGAUGAUAUUAGUUUCGUAACUAAGCCUAAUGUUUUUUGUGGGAAACGGACUGGAAAAGUUCCGAUUACCAUAUGUGUACACCGGAGCGUUGGAGGUUUCCGGUGGAAUUCAUUUUUUUUGGAUGUUCAGAACAUAUCUUAUAUUCAAGAAUUGGUUGUAUGGUUGUUGCAAAUGUGGUUGUUUAUCAUCGGGGUACAUGGUUGUUGAGGAAUGGCGUGGUCAUUGUAGCGUUAUAUGCUGGUUAUUGAGGACUAUUGCGGUAAUGGUGACUCAGUGUUGCAUAUUUCGGGAGGUUUGGCUGGUGUUUUGUUUCCUGGGUACAAUUUUACUGCAGUCACAUUGGGCAGUGGGUGCUAUGGCAUGAGUUUAGCGGCUUUGGCAGGUUGUUUCUUGCUCUCUCCUCCGUAUUUACGUUGUAUUCUGGUUAAAUUAACCUUGAAGGGACCAUUGUUAUUAUGGAAAAGCAAUGGUUCUUUUGCAUAAGCUCUCUGUUUGAAGUUAAUUCUACCCAUUUCUAGAAUUGUCAGUGUGAAAUAAUGAGUCUCUUGUAUUUGUGGAUUGCUUUUGGGAGGUACCUAUGGUGUGAAUAAAAAGCCCAUUUGUUUCCUUCA